UCUUGCGUAAGUAGAAGGAAACAAUGUAUCGGAUAAGCUUUAAACGCUACAUGGGAGCAGCCUUGUCGUUUGCUGCUAGCGAACUUAACUCGUUCGCUACAUACGAAACCCAACGUUCAUCAGACGCGGGUUGAAGGCGUUUCCAUAGCAUUUGUUCGGUUUUAGAUACAAAAGGGGUUUCGCAUCUUAGCUCCAAAGACCAGAAUACUUCAAACUUUAUACUCUUGAAAAUUAUAUAAUACGAUUUUUUCACUAGUUAACCGACGUAUGGCUGCAAUGUUGCGUCAGUGAGGGCUUACGGCGCAUCGUCGGUGGCUCAUCUCCCAGCCUUCCUGGGUAGUUUCUUUGUUGAUUCAGCUACCGUGUCUUUGAAGGGGAAAUGGAUGUGUGUUUGUUACACCCCGAUUUGCUAUAAUGGUAGGUGAUCAUGUCCCAGUCACCUAAAGAAGAUGCUGAGAAAGAAAGGGAGAGAGGUGCUCGUCCCAAGGUCAGACAAAGCCGCUCAGUGGAUAGACGAGAGGUUGGCUGGAGGAACAAAAGUGUAAGGGUUAAGAAGAAGGAGCGAAGUGUCAACAGUGAAACUCAGGUGCGACCUGCCAGUGAUGGCUUUGAAUAUGGGGAGCUGAUGAGUGAUAGUCAGUGCUGGAACACAGAGUCUACCAACCCUUUUGGAGAACCAAGUUGGCAAGACCCAGAAACUGGCAAGCUGCACCUUGGAAAAAAUUGGGGUGGGAGUGAAGCAGCACGUAGUGCUGCAGAAGGCAAGCCGGCAGGUGGGAGUCGCUCCCUCCGACAGAAGAUCCAGGAUGCAGUGGGGCAAUGUUUCCCUAUUAAAACUUACACAACCUCUUUACCUCAGGGCCCCCCUACCACCUCCUGCUCAUCCUCAUCUAUCUCUUCACAUCGUAAAAUUCACCUCAGUGAGCUCAUGCUGGACAGCUGCCCUUUCCCUGCAGACUCGGAGUUAGCACAGAAGUGGUACCUGAUCAAGCAGCACACUGCUCCCAUCACCCAACCAACUUUUCUGGAUACUCUGGGUGGGGCAACAGCUGGCAGCUCAGUCCAGGCUUCCUUGAUGGAAGAUGAGGAUGAUCGAUUACGUGAAAGGCGCCGGAUCAGCAUCGAGCAAGGUGUGGAACCCCCGCCCAACGCCCAGAUUCAUACCUUUGAAGUAACUGCACAAAUAAACCCACUGUACAAGUUGGGGCCCAAAUUGGCACACGGUAUGAAUGAGCUUGCUGGAGAUGAUCGUGCCACCCUUCAACAACAACAACAACAACAACAACAACAACAACAACAACAGCAGCAGCAGCAGCAGCAACGGCUCCUUCUACAGCAACAACCACAAAAUCCGCUUCUUUUGCAGAACUGCCUAGACACAGCUGAUAAAGUUAUCGUGUCCCCGGUAACCUCAUCGUCUCAUUUUGCGGCCGCUGAUUUAGAGGUAACAACUGUAACAGCAGAACGAGCUACGAUCCAAGAAUUUGAGCACUCUAAAUCUAAGGACUGCUAUCGGGUUCAUACACAAAUUGAUUAUAUACAUUGCCUGGUUCCAGAUCUUCUGCAAAUCACUAAUCUCCCCUGCUAUUGGGGCGUGAUGGAUCGUUAUGAGGCAGAGAUCUUGCUUGAAGGCAAGCCUGAAGGCACUUUCCUGCUUCGUGACUCUGCUCAGGAGGAUUAUCUGUUCUCCGUCAGCUUUCGCCGCUAUGGCCGUUCGCUACAUGCCCGCAUUGAGCAGUGGAACCACAACUUCAGUUUUGAUGUCCAUGACCCUAGCGUUUUCCAUGCUUCCACUGUCACAGGACUGCUUGAGCACUACAAGGAUCCCAACUCUUGCAUGUUUUUUGAACCUCUGUUGUCCAACCCUAUCAACCGCAGUCAGCCUUUCAGUCUGCAGCACAUCUGCCGGGCUGUCAUCAGCAGCCACACCACCUAUGAUGGUAUUGAUGUAUUGCCUCUCCCCAGUGCCCUUAAGGAGCACCUCAAAGAGUAUCACUACAAGCAGAAAGUACGUGUCCGACGGCUAGACACGUGGUGGGAGUAACGUCCUCGACAACAUUCCUCUCUUCUGUUGGGUUAACCCUUCAAGAAUUGGUUCUCACUUUUAAUGCUUGGUGGUAGAUUUCAGUAAAACCCUUUGAUAGAAUAACUUUGGUUCAAUAAAAUGAUGUCUAAUAUUUAGCCAGUUACCUUAAUUGUCUGCAAUGCGGGGGGAACAUAGGGAUUCCACCCAGAGUGGAGGUGCGAUUGGAACCCCUGUUGCUUGAGAUGUGAGUCAGCAGUGCUGGCCAUACUGCCAACCUCAUUAAGAAGCGUUUUGUUCAGAGAAUUUAGGUUGCGGAACAAAACGUAAUAUGUCGUACAUUUUCCCAUGUGUAGGAAAUGAGCUGCUGUGUGGUGCAAGGUAUAGCAGCACACCGAUCUGGUUGGGGUGCAGAAACCCACGAGUUGUUCUUGUGGUGCCCGAUGUUUUCUUUAGCAGUGCUUCCACAUUUUUUUUAGUUAAAAUUUCCUUAAUUUUCACUGUGAAAUGAAAAAUCAAGUGCAAAGCAGACUGCAUCUUCAGCUCAGUGUGAUAUUGUUUUUGACCAGUAAUUCGUCAUUUUUGAAUAAGGUAAUCAUUAAUCGUUUUUCCUAUAAAAUGCAGCUUGUCGGUACUAGGCUGCCCUGAGUCUGGAGUUUCUACAAUAAUCAGGGUUUACUGUAUGACAAUUGUAUUGCCCUUCAAUAAGAGUUGUUAUACCUUUCGAAAUACAGUUUUAUUAAAGAAAAAUUCCAUAAUAAAUACCUUUCCAUAUGAAAUCCAUGUUCCAGUAGACUAAGUCCCAAACCUUUAUUCCCCACUGAAAAACUAAUAUUAAGAUAAUUCUAUUAUGAUGUUAUGCAACUGUAUAUUAUGGUAGAAAUGGCUGUGUAAUUAUUUUUCUUUAUUUAAAAACAUUUUUGCCUUAAGAUGAAAAGUUUUGAUGGGUUAUGUGGAGGGUGGAGGGUGGUCAUUGAACUCUCUUAAAAUAUGUUACAGCUCGGUGCCUUUUGCCAAUACAGAUUAAGAUGGGAUCAAUCUUUCCUGCAAGUCUUAGAUUGAGACAUUCAUUUUGGAUGAUUGUAUUAAUGAAAAUACUAUUGGAAUUAGUCAUCACCAUCUGCAAUAGUAUCUUUUAACUGUACAUUUUAUCUGUAUGUCUGUACAGUAAAAGCUGAUUAAAUACAAAGAUUCUAAUACUGAAUGGAUGCUAGCACAAGCGUGACUAUUUCAUUUGUAUCUUGUCUGUUGUAUCUGUUGUAUCUGCAUUAGUUUAAUUGACUAAUGGUAUUUACUCUCUAGAUCUCCAAAUAACUUUUAGUUCAUUACAUGCAGUAUUUCCAGUAUAUGUAUGUGUAAUAUAUAUAUAUAAAUUACUAAUAUAGUAAAAAUGAAAAACA